AUGAACAUGGACGGCAGUCGGACUCCUGCUGACAUGAACGGAUCGAGCGAGUCUGCUCGGCCGGGCAAGAAGUCAACACCUGUACCAACAUCCCGGCGCUCGUCAGAUUCAAAGGUCACCAAACCAAAGAGAAGUGUGGUCCAUGUGGCGUGUGCUUGUUGCAGACGGCUUCGCAUCAAGUGUGACGGACUCAGACCAACGUGUCAACCAUGCGCUAAGAGGUACGAGGACUGUGUGUAUGAUGUCGAAGCCAAUACGACACGGUCCAAUGCACUGAAACGCAAGAACGAAGAUCUGGCAAAGGAGAACGCACAGCUCCACGAACUGUAUGACUUCCUGCGAAACCGCCCAUUCGUCGAGGCCGAAGAGAUUUUUCGUCGCAUUCGAAGCACUGAGAAUCCUCUUGAUGUCUUACGCCAUGUCGCUACUGCCGAUACGCUCAUGGCACAGACGACCACCUCGAACAUGCAGCCUCAGAGCCAUGAUGCGCAAUCCAGUAAGACCAACGGCAGCCACGUUCCGAGACCUGGCUCGACAAAGUAUGAUCCUGUCUACGACCGUCAGUGA